GCAGGGGAGGACAGCGGGGGACGGGGGCGUCUCCGGAGAGCAAGGCCCUUUGAGGAGGCUUCCUCCGGGCGGAAAGACGAAGCGAGACUCCCCGGGGGAUUCCCCACUCCACCCCAGCCAGGGACCGGGUCGCGGUUGCACGGGCCCCAGGCCAAGGUGCGGGUUGCUAUAGCAACCGGCGGGGGCGGCCAGCUUGUCGAGGUUUGCCCAGGAUGUGCUGGUUUUAGCACUGCAGGCCUCCAGCCCACAUGAGCGAUCCUCUCCUGCCUCCCGCGGUUCCACCCAGGGUGGCCAACCUUUCACACUGCCUUUGUAAUGUUAGGGCGAAGGCACCCCGCACAGCACUUCCCCGACCAGGCGCAGGCAUGCCCGUCCUUGUAAGGCAAAAUCUUCGAUGGGAGCCUACCUCCCUAAAGCCUCGUGGCGGAACAGCUGUUUGACGCAUUCAGAAGGAAGGAUGACAGCCCUACAGAGGAACACGAUGUGAAUGGAAGAAACCUGUCAUUAUGCAAACAGUACAGCACUCUGAACAGACUCUAAAAACAGCUCUCAUCUCAAAGAACCCGACGCUCGUGUCACAGUAUGAGAAGUUAGAUGCUGGCGAACGGCGCUUGCUGAACCAAGCCUUCAAGCCGGACAAUGAUCUGUUUGGACCCAUUACCCUGCAUUCACAAUCAGACUGGAUCAUCUCCCAUCCUGAGGCUUCCCAAGACUUCGAAGAGUUUUUCAGUGAUCCUUCUAGAAAGGCACCGUCUCCAGAGAAACGCAGGUCUCUGGGAAACACCAGAGUUAUCAGUGAAGAAUAUAUUAAGUGGCUGAAGGGAUACUGUGAAGCAUUUUUCUAUGGCUUGACAGUAAAACUCCUAGAACCGGUUCCUGUCUCUGUCACGAGGUGUUCCUUUAGAGUCAAUGAUAACACACAAAACCUACAAAUUCAUGCAGGGCAUAUCCUGAGGUUCUUAAAAAAGAAGAAACCUAGAGAUGCCUUCUGUAUUGUGGGAAUAACAAUGAUUGAUCUUUACCCACGAGACUCCUGGAAUUUUGUCUUUGGACAGGCCUCUUUGACAGAUGGUGUGGGGAUAUUCAGCUUUGCCAGGUACGGCAGUGAUUUUUAUAGCUCACACUAUGAAGGCAAAGUGAACAAGCUACAGAGAGUAUCUUCAAGUGACUAUUCCAUUUUUGAUAACUAUUAUGUCCCUGAAGUGACCAGUAUUUUGCUGCUUCGUUCCUGUAAGACUUUAACCCAUGAGAUUGGACACAUAUUUGGACUCCGACACUGCCAGUGGCUUGCAUGCCUCAUGCAAGGCUCCAACCACUUGGAGGAAGCUGACCGGCGCCCCCUCAACCUUUGCCCCAUCUGUUUACGCAAGCUGCAGUGUGCUGUGGGCUUCAACAUCAUAGACAGAUACCAGGCGCUGGUGAGGUGGAUUGACGGUGAGUCCGCUGACAGCCCUGGAGUCAGCAGGGAGCACAGUCGGGAGGAUCACGUGAAUUUACCAAAACCUGUGGAAGCCUUUAAGGAAUGGAAGGAGUGGAUAAUAAGAUGCCUUGCUGUUGUCCAGAAAUAAGGACCUUCGCCUAGGAGUAAUUCCCGUAAACCCUUGCACAUUAUGCUUUCCCUUGGAUGCCAUACUUCCUUAGAACAAACUGCUUACUGAUUCUGCCCUGUGUCAAGUAACAGAAUGGAACCUUCUUUAAAGCAUCUGAACUUUGAAAUGAGGCUUACUUGGAAUGCUGACAACUAUAAACCCUCCCUCUUCCAUCUUAGCCUGGUCGUGGUAGUGAGCUCAUCAUUUCCAUCCUUGAAAUACGUUUAUAUCUCACAAGGGAGCUAGGACUAACAGAUGAGUAAGUAAAUAUAAAAAUCACUGUUUAUGUCCCAAGAAAGGAUAUCCAAGGAAUGUAAUUUCCAGGGGGUGAUUUUUGAUUCAUUUCUUAGAAGGAGUGCUCUGCCUCCUGUAGACCCAGGCAAGUCACCUACUCCAUGUACAUCCCUCGUCUGUGGACCGUCCUUCCCAGGGGGCCUGCCUGCUCUCCCUUUAUUCGCUGGUUGUCCCUUGAGCCUGAAGGAAGCGAUAGUUCACUUGGGGUUUGGCAGCUUAUGAAAUGUGACCUCCUCUCAACCAUAUUUACAAGUGAAACUAACAGGACUUGUACAACACACAUAUUAUUUGUGAAGGGUCUUGCUCAUAAUUUGUUACAAUGGGCCUUAUGUUUGUGAGUGUUGCCCUUUUCCUGUAGGCUUCGAGCAGGUGUUAGGUUUAUUCCUACAAUAGUAUCACUCUCACUUUGCACUGUGCAGUGUUCACUUGAGGAGGGCAGAGAGUGUGAUGGGAGGUCCUGUUGGUGCGGCAGGAAUGCCCGUGUUGACCUGUCAGGCUGUGAACAUCGGCUGGGUUUCCACUGUGGGGGAACAGGUUGAAAACCACAGGCUUGACGAAUCACCUUUACGAGAGCAAUGUAUCUCACGCAUCUAGAAAUUAGAUCAGAUCAUUUGAACGCUGGUGAGCAGAUUGCCUUUUCCGUGUUCCCAUCUUCACCCGGAGGGUAAAACUUAUAGUUUUAAAUUUUGAAGUUUGGAACCUAAAUUCUUUCCAUGUUAACUUUAUUUAUGCAAUGCGAUCGAAAGCACAUAUUCUAACUGAACAUGCUUUCCUUUAUGACAUUCACCUUCUUCCUUGAUGAGACCUCUUAAGGUCAUUUACAAAAAAUGGUGAUUUGUGUUCAGACUCAUUGGAGGGCAAACACUUGGUGGUUCUAAUAUGAAGAGAGAACCCAAGGGAGCAUGGACUUUUAUGGAUUCUGUUACAAGUUUUAUUUCCUCAUA